AAUAGUUCUGACUGAAAGUCCAACAAUUUCCGGGUAUCGCCAUCAAAACAACUUUCGAGUGAAUUUGGCACCAAAGAAAUUCGGACGUUUUAAAAUGAACACUGGACUGAAACACUGGAAAGAGGCGGCCACUCUCAUUUUGGCCGCGGGUCACAGGCUCGGCGCGGACAGUUUAUCCUCACCGGGUGUUGUGUGCUCCCAGCCGGGCAAAAACGAACGACGACCGCCAGUCACGCAGCGGUUUGACUACAAUGUUUUACUCCUGAAACGAAGCAGAAAAAGCGGGUUCAUGCCAAACGCCUAUGUGUUCCCCGGAGGUAUGGUGGACUCCUCCGACUUUUCCAGUGAGUGGUUGGAGGUUUUCAAAGCUUUUACGAACUCUCGGAAUUUUGGCUUAAGGAGCGUCAAGCAACCAUCGGAGACCAGACCGCCGAUAUUUGCUACUGACAGGCUCAAACUGGGCUCACCAAUCCCGGGAGAUGUUGCGUUCCGGAUCUGUGCCUUGAGGGAGACAUUCGAGGAGUCAGGCGUGCUGCUUUUUGUGUCCAAAAAGGAUGAAUUGAGUCUACUCAAGAGCCUUAAUGACAGGCGCGCCGCUGAUGAAGUCAAGCAUUACAGAGUAAACGAGCUGUGCAGCGGCGAACUGAGCAGGUGGAGGACUCUGGUCAACCAGAACCCGUCCAACUUCGUCAGGAUGUGCAGGGAGCUGGAGGUGGUGCCCAACAUCUGGGCCCUCCACGAGUGGGCCAACUGGCUGACCCCAGCGGGACGAUACAGCGUGAAGAGGUUUGACACGGCCUUCUUCAUGUGCUGCCUGGAGGAGAGACCACAUGCCUUCCAAGACCAGAAGGAAAUUCAACACUUGCAGUGGUCGACGCCCUCAGACAUCCUGCAGAACUUCCAGGAUCGCGAUUUGUGGAUCGCCCCCCCGCAGUACUACGAGCUGAGUCGCAUGUGCCGCUUCCCCUCGCUGAGCGACCUCCACGCGUUUGCCAGACGGCGCGGCACCGACGGCUGCGAGCAAUGGCUUCCUGUCAUCUUCUUGCAGGACGAUAGCUACGUAUCAGUGCUGCCAGGUACUUGUCUCAUCCAGUGCCCCCCCACCCAUGGAUAUUGUGUUCAAAUAUGGCUUCUCUUCUCUGCAGGAGACCACCUGUACCCAUCAAACAGUUCAGAAACAACUAAUGUGGAAACUCCAGAAGGCUCUGAAUCGGCACUACACCGCUUCCUGAUCUCAGACCCUUACUGUCCACACCUGCAGGUCAACAUCACACCCAAGUACAACCACAUGCUGCCCCUCAUUGGACCGUUGGAAUCCAAAACCCCUGUGUGAACACAGUAGGAACAAAUCAUGAGCAAGAUCACUCAAGGAAAACACACAAUCAAGUCUAGAGCCUACUGACACAAAGCCAUUAGUAUUGUGCAGGUUCUUCGGGGCGAUUCCCACUCCCUUCACUUUCCCCCGCCAGCCUGCACUCACACUGCUCAACAGAAUUUGGGCUUCGGCUCAUUUACGUGUGCUGUACAUUGGUGAAACAACGCUGGAUUAUGACAGUUUUCCUGACUUGGUGGAUUAUUUGUAGUUUAUUUCCACUGUGUGAGGUGUCGAUUAUCAUGAAUAGCUGGCAAGAAAUCUUUGUAUUACAGUACAGUGAACCCUCGCUAUUCACUAUAUUGUCCUGUAUUAUGGACCAUGGCCCACAGUGAAUAUAUUUUAGAAGAUUUGUGACUAGUAGACCUUUGGCUACAAAAGGAAUUCCUGGUCAAAGUGGAACUUUAAAGCCAUCAAAAUAACAAGCUGUAAUCGAGACAUCCUAGGAAAAAUAGAAAAUUGUAAUCGGUAAUCUGGAAUUUUGCGCCCGAACAGACAAAGCGCCUUUGAUGAAAAUAUAACCUUUUUGAUGUAUAGGAAGAGAACGGCUUUAAUGACUUAUUUCCAGGAUUGAUGAAAAAAAUCAAAAACAUUUUAAAUAAUCAAAAAGUCACAUAUUUUUCUGGAAGUCAUGUUAAUUUAAAUCAGAUUGUUUUGUUGUAAUUGAUUAAAUCGAGAUUUAAAGUUUUAUUUUUUUCCCCCCAUUUAUUUAUUUAUUUAUUUGUAUCUUUUAAAGGCCCUCCUAUCCAGUUGUUGUUCAUAAAAAUACCUGCACAUUGUGUACAGGUCGCAGUACAAGCAAUACACAUGAAAAUCACAUGCAGACACUGUCAGAUCACUGUACAGGAUUCUAGAGUACACUUGUAUUAUUUGGCAGUAGCAAAUUCCCGGCAGAUAGUGCACUGAUAUCACAACAGUAACAUUACAAGAGCCUUAGUGUUUUGUGGACUAUUGUCCUACCAUUCCAAAAGAACAUUUUAAGAUUUUUCUGAAUUGGCUGUUUCGACAGGAAUUACAUUUUUGGCUUGAUUUAUUCAAUUAAAUCAACUUAGCCGUCUUCUUUCACACAAGCAUUUAAACAGAAAUAUUCAGAACCUAAAAUACAGUCUUCCAUAGAGGCACUUUUUCACGACAGUAAAUGCAACCAGGAUAUUAAAGAUCCGUGAAGAAAAAUAUAUUACUGCUGGCCAGUCUAAUGUAACAUCAAUGCUUCCAUCACAUCGCAUGUAAUAAUAACAGACAGGUAUUAAAUAUUUCAUAAAUAAGAAUGUACUUGUAAGUUUACGUUGUAGUUCCAUUUGCUGACGGUGUAGGCCCCCAAUAAAGGUGCCAACAUGCUCCGACUUCAGCAUGCCGCCCUUGGACUAAUUUAUUGCGAUGCACCUGUGUGUCAAAGCUAACUAACCUCAGAUUUUUAUGAAGCUAACACUUAUUUCAGCAGUAGAAAGACUUUUGUUUUGUUUUUUUGUUUGUUUUGUUUUGUUUUAAUUCAGCAAUUUGGAGUGAAAUUAAAUUGUGUGCAUGGGGACAAGUAUCAGCAUCCAAUCCAGCCUUAUAGUACAUCAUGUACUGUGGCUAUUAAGCUAGGAUCAUGUAUUAUUGUUCAUAUUAUUAUAAGAAGCACCAUUGAUUGUAUAAGAUUUUGUAUUUCUGGGAGAAAAAAAGCUAAAUAAUAUCUAAACGACAUGCAAUUAUUGUAUUUUGAUUAAAAACAUUGAAUUAUAGCCUAAUGUUAUGGUGUGCUUGCCCUCAAUAUCACUGUAUUUUUGUGAAUGUGUGAUGGGCUAAGUUGAAAUAACAACGCUCAACCUUCAUGCUGUUUGCCUUGGAGAGUCAAUUGAGGGUUACCAUGGCAACUCCACUGCCUUGGAAACCUCACUAUCUCUGUCUGUGAUGAGGCGAUGAUGCGUUGCUGUGUGUAGUUAGCGCCUCUGUUGCGCACUCUCUUUGGAUGAAGACUCACUCACCUGUAAAUGGCCCUGGUUGCAGUUUAUGAUUAAAGUGUAAUGCAGCUUUUUGGUGGAUGUUCUAGAAUUUGAAAGCUUGCACAAAAAUGUAUUUAGAUAUUUCUCAGGCUGUCUCAAAUAGUAGAGUUAGUGUCACUCUCGCUUUGAAAACUUCAAGACCAACAUUUUAGUCCGCGCCGUUUCUUUGCCAUGUUUUAAUUUAUCACCCAUGUAUUUUUGGAUCUUUUCAAACUUUCUUGAAAUGCCUGCCAGCAAAGUUAAACUAGAUGCAACAUUAUUUUAAUUCAGCUCUGUGUCCUAAGUGCUUUUUGGCUUUUUAUUUAAAGCGAGGGUGGGGAACCUUUUUUCGAUCAGGGGCCAAUCUGUACCAGAGGGCUGUUAAGGAAAAAAAGGAAAAUAGUUUCUUUUUUAAAUUUUGACAUUGAGAGAGAGCUGAAAACUCCUGAGAAGCACUUUUUAAACAGUCUAAUAUUAAACAAGUUUAAGGCAGCGCUGCACGCCACAAGUAUUUUGUCAAAACGACUAUGAUUAAAACAUUUCACAAAGGUCUGGGAAUUAGUAUUUAAAUUUUGGUGGGCAAGUGUUGGGUUGAGUUUGAUAUAGCUUUCCUUGAAAUUGAUUUCAUAACUAUUAUUAUGUUUGGGGGGGGGGGAGUUGUAUUUACUUUAAAAAAUAUAUUUGUUUUAAGUCUUGCACAUAAAGUAUGGAAACAGCAACCAUUGCAUAAAUGGGAGUUACAAUACAGCCUUGGUUGUUUAUUAAUAACGUCUUGAAGAAAACAGUAGCCUAGUUUGUGUUUGAUUGCUAAAACAAAAAAUGUAGACAAUACUAGUAAAAAUGGGCAUUUUAAUUGAAAAUGGAAAAAACUAACAAUCAAAGAGCGAUUAUUAAAAAAUAUAAAUUUUUGUAAUGGGAUGGGAGAAUCUCUGAAUGUUCGACGCUCAUGUUUUAUUGCCGGUUUUGUUUGAACGGAAUAAUUCCCUUCCCAUAGCUGACUUCAUAUUCUUCUUCUUGAGACCACAAACUAGACAGAAUCAACAGCGCCUCUGCUGGUUGCAGCAAAGUAGUGCACUCCAUUUUGCCUCAUUUGCUUACACCCAAUCUCACACACAAAAGGAAUACAAAUGUUAUGAUUAAUAUGUUUUGCUGAAAUUACAUUAAAAAACGUACUGAAUAUUUUUUUAACAAUGU